AUGCUGAAGUUCCAAGAAGCUGCCAAAUAUGUGAGUGGGUCAACAGCCAUUUCCAGGUAUCCAAAGACCUUAAUCGCAAGAAGAUAUGUGCUUCAACAGAAACUCGGCAGUGGAAGUUUUGGAACUGUCUAUCUGGUUUCAGACAAGAAAGCCAAACAAGGAGAGGAGUUAAAAGUAUUGAAGGAAAUCUCUGUUGGAGAGCUCAAUCCAAACGAGACUGUGCAGGCCAGUUUGGAGGCCCAGCUCCUUUCCAAGCUGAACCACCCAGCCAUUGUCAAGUUCCAUGCAAGCUUUGUAGAGCAAGAUAAUUUCUGCAUUAUCACAGAGUACUGUGAGGAUGUAAAAGAUCUGUACUUGGAAUAUUAUAAGACACUGAAGGAAGAAACUGAGGAAGAUAUACGUAAGUGGAAGCAGAUAUUAUAUCCAUGGAUAGGAAAAAUUAACAUCACUAAAAUGUCAAUACUACCCAAAGGCCGAGACCUGGACUGUAAAAUUCAGGAAUAUAAAGAAGCUGGAAAAACUUUUUCAGAAGAUCAGAUAAUAGAAUGGUUUAUCCAGCUGUUGCUGGGAGUUGACUACAUGCAUGAAAGGAAGAUACUUCAUCGAGACUUAAAAUCAAAGAACAUUUUUCUGAAAAAUAAUCUGCUUAAAAUUGGGGACUUUGGAGUUUCUCGACUCCUAAUGGGAUCCUGUGAUUUAGCCACCACUUUGACUGGAACCCCGCAUUACAUGAGUCCCGAGGCUCUGAAGCACCAAGGCUACGGCACGAAAUCCGACAUCUGGUCUCUGGCAUGCAUUCUAUAUGAGAUGUGCUGCAUGAAUCAUGCAUUCCCUGGCUCCAGUUUCUUGUCCAUUGUUUUAAAAAUUGUUGAAGGCAACACUCCUUCUCUCCCUAAGAGAUAUCCAAGAGAACUGAAUGCCAUCAUGGAACGCAUGUUGAACAAGAAUCCGUCACUGAGACCAUCUGCUAUAGAAAUUUUAAAAAUCCCUUACAUUGAUGAACAACUACAGCACCUGAUGUGCAGAUACUCAGAAAUGACUCCAGAAGACAAGAAUUGGAAUUGUCAGAAGGAAGCUGCUCAUAUAAUCAAUGCCAUGCAAAAACGGAUCCACCUACAGACUCUGCAGGCACUCUCUGAAGUGCAGAAAAUGACACUGAGGGAAAUGAUGCAGCCGAGGAAGCUCCAGGCGGCCGGCGAGAAAGCCAGGAUGCUGAAAAAGCUUAUUGAAGAAAAAGAUGAAGAAAAUAACAAACGAAUGCAAGAAUCGAGAUCUCAGAACUUUCAGCAGCUAACUGUUGAUGGACUCCAUGAAAGAAAGCAUUUAAUGGGAACGAAAGGGAAGGAGGAGCGACCUGAGGGAAGGCUCCCUUGUCCACCUCAGGAGGAGGAUGAAGAGAGGAGGCCAGGCGGAGACAAGGCACCUGAUGGCCCGACUUCAGAGAACCUGCCUGAGUCUCAGCCCAUUCCUGGCCUGGACCUCGGUGUGUUCGAGUCAAGUAUAGAGGACACCAUAAUUGACCUUGGAGAUCAUGGGAUCCCAGAAGACCCACGCAUAGCUGAGGAGUAUUAUGCGGACACAUUUGACUCCUGCUCUGAAGAUGGUGAGGAGGAGGAAGAAGAAACAGUGUUCUCGGGACUGGAGGAAGGGGUCGAGGAUGAGGGAUCCCAGCCUGAUUACAGAGCAAGCCAACAGGGCAGCGAUGUUGAAGCGCUGGUCAGGUGUUUGGAGAGCGUUCUGGGUUGUACCUCUCUAGGUCAGCCGUGCAGAAACUGGGUGCAGAAGUAUUUAAGGAGGUCUAUAAUUGCCUCAAGAGAGCAAGGCAGCAGAAAGCCAGUGAAGCGGAGAUUAGAGCGUCUCUGGAGAAAGUGGUUCCUCGUGCCAGUGACUGUUUUGAAGUCGACCAGCUCCUCUGCUUUGAGGAGCAGCUGCUGAUCACAGUGGGAGAAGGGACCACACUUCAGAACCAAAACAGGCAGAUGUCAAAAGCAAGCAAGUUCCAGGGAACAAAUUUCUGUGAAAAUCCAUUCAGUACCUAAGCUGGACUGUAUUAUGGGAGGUGAGUACGUAGACCGAGCUACCAUCUUUACUUUCAAUUCCCUAACCAAAGGAGUUAGAGAGUAGCAGACACACAGGUCUGACUGCACUCAGUGUCUCAGGGGCCAGUCGGUAUGGUUGGGUUUCCACUCCAAGAUAAGCAUAUGGACCGGGUUUGGCUUCAGGAACAGCAUCCCCAGAAGGGUACCCUCUGGGCUGCCCCUGGAGUUGGGCCACUGAGGGUGUCUUGGGAGGAGCCCGCCGCCCUUUGCCCCUUCCUCUCAGGGGACAGACUUGGUGCCUCUGCCUUGGGGCUCUGUGGGCUGUGGCCAGCCUGCCCUUGAAGGUUGUUAGACACUGGCCUCUGAAAUGCUGAGCUGCUGCCCAGGAGUCAGACACACCUGUCUCAGGUGACCUGGUUUUGGUCCACUUUUGUCCUUCCAUAGCUCACAAGCAAGAAGUGCCUAUGUAUAUAGACCUGGUAAAAAAUCCAAAAGGUGAUUCUCCUGUGAUUUAUUCUUUAUUCUCAUGAAUGGAGUAUUGAAGACUCAAGACUUUUAUGCUUAAUAAAUAGAUUAUCCAGAGUUACAAAAAAAUCACCUGUUCUAGUGUUUCUUUACCUAAAAGUACUUUGUUGAGUGUAACACAGCCAUCUAACAAUAAUUAUUACUCAGACCAGCUAACAUUUGGUUUAUUAGGAGCCUAUUAUAUACCAGUGCUGUGCUUACUACUGUAAGAACAUAUUGGAUCUUUACACCAAGGAAAGAGAGACAGAGAGAGAGAAUGGAUUAUCACAUUUUACCUCUGGGGAUGCCUAAGGCUGAGGAUGUUCAAGUUAGGUAACUGCUUUGUCACACAGCCAUGAGAGGCUGAGCUGAGACUGCACUCAGGUCUGUCUGAUUCCAGCACCCAUGCUCUUACCCAUGAUGCAUGUGGGUUUUCAACUGAGGACAUACACAUGUUUAAGAUACUGUCCAGGGAAGAAUGCUCUGGGUUUAAGACCAUGUUAUAGGGGAGGAAAGACUUCCUCUACCCUCGUAGGUUCUACAAAUUAACCUGGGUCUUAAAAUUAAACUGACAAAGGAUAUAUUACCAGGAGAAAAGGCAUACAGAUUGCAUUUAAUAUUAAUACUUUCACCUGGCAUGGGGGCUUUCUAGCAAGAAGUGAAAACCCCAAGGAAACAGCUGAGCCUGAGAGCUUAUAUGCUAUUUUGACAAAAAAGCAAUCAAUUGUGGAGAAAUGGUAAGUCAAAAGAAAAGGGAUCUGAACUCCUAAAGGGGUUAGAUUGUGGGAAAGUGAGUGGGAAAGAUAUGGAGGAAACUAAUGGAAGAUAAGGGUUAGUUUAAGAGGUUUGUUUGUACAGACCCAUCUCAGGUUGACACCAGUCUCCAGUGACAGGAACGUUCUCCUCUCCCUGGUCCCAGGAGGGCACUUUUCUCAUGGGAAGUGUGCGCUCUCGAGUAGAAAGGGGAAGGCAGAGAGUUCUGCCAACAGCUGCUGUUUCUUAGUUGCUUUCAGCUCAAAAUAAUCCUUAUGACAGUGUGGCAUAUUUGGGGUGUCAUGUUCUGACCCCUCCAACGUCUAGGAAGUCAGGUGCAUAUUGAAAACAGCUGGUCCUCCUGGGAUUUUCUGUACAUCAUCAGAUGAGGCUUAAAAGAAGCAGAGAUGAGAAGAAAGACCAUUUGGGAUCACAGCUCCAUGUCUUAGGAAAGAAACGCAUGCUUACCUUUCAUUUGGCUCCCUGGGAGCAGCGGCACAGGAUUUAAGAUGACUACGAGAAAGUAGCGUUUUCAUAUCACCACUGGGGAGCAUUUUCCUCCUCAGCCACACUCAGUGUGGGUUGAAAUCAUUCUACCAGCAUCCCAUCUACCCCUGGUGAUUUAUUUCUUCCCAACACUUUCGGGGCGGCUUUGACUUCGCUUUCCAGAAUUCCAGGUUCUUCCUCAUAGCUGUCUUCUUCGAGAGUGUCUCUCAUCCUUGUGUCUCUCCUGUGUGGAUCUGAGUACGCCAUCUCCUCCUUCCCUUCAUUUCCUCCUGGGCGCAUAAUGUGCUUCCUUGUUGGCAGCCCAGCAUUUCUAGUACAGGGUUGGAGUACCUUUUAUUGCUUUAAUCUCUUGGUAGAGAUCUUUAAUUUUUCCUUUUUGUUUUUGUCUUUUAUCUCCUUUACAUCGAAUUCAGAAAUGCUUUGAAUUAUGUAGAAUUAGGAAAGAUCAUCAAGAGCAAAGAUGGGUCAUUAGAGACCAAGGUUAAGAUCAUACUCCUAUUACCAAUAACUGUUUAUGGAUGGGAAGGUUGGAAUGAAGAAGGCUGAUGGGAAAUAUUCGAUUUAUCUGGAAUAUGGGGUUGGAGGAGAACCUGUGCAUACCCUAGAUCUCCAGGAAGAUGAACAAGUGGGUGGGUCCCAGAGCAAAUUAAGCCUGAAACAUCACCAGAGGUAAAAAUGACAAAACUAAAGCUGCCCUACUUCAGGCACAUCAUGAGGAGGUAGGG